GAGAGUUACCUCAGGCAAUCUGCGAGGUUGUGUUUUCUGGUUUUAUUGAGUGUAUUCAUAAACUCGUCAAAGGGAAGGAAAAAAAAAAACAUAAUCCUCUGGUGGAUCGGACUUCAUCCCGUUUUCAACUUCUGGGGGAUGCCUGGCGUCUGAACCACAUGGCUGAACCCGAACUACACACGGGUCGGAUCGCAGUUCCAUUCUUUUUAUUAACGGGUCGGGUCUUCGUUCAUGUAGGGUUUAUCGUCUUUCCUCUCAACGCUCUCAUCCGACUACCCGCCGGCGAUACUGGCGCGCGGCGGCUCUCCUCUUCUCGCUGUAAAAUUGUUGCUAAGGAAAUAAGAAUAUGGCGAUGAUUUGCGUAAGAUUGUUGAGGCACAAUAGCAUCACAAAGGAGGCGGCUCAGGUGCUGGGUAUCAGGAGGUUUGCAGUAGCUGGUGGCAAGUCAAAGAAGGGAGCAAAGGGCGGCGGCGGCGAUGCUGCUAAAGCUUCUGAGCUAAGCAAAGAACUGAAGAGCACCAUGGUAUUUGGAGCCAAUAUUCUCAAGGAUGGAGCUGAUCCCAAGAUCAUGCCAGAUUCUGACUAUCCUGACUGGCUGUGGCACUUGCUUGAUAAGCGUCUUCCAUUGAGCGAACUACGGAGAGAGGGCACAGAAACUCUUACUUUGGAUGACCUGAGACGUUUUGUUAAACUUGACAACCGGGCAAGGAUUAAAGAAAAUAAUGCUCUGAGGGCCAAGAAUUGAUUCUAGAGCCAUGGGAGGUUCUUCUUUUCUACCUUCUUUUUAUCCAACUUCGUAUUUCCUGUUCGAGCUAUGAGGCCCUUUAAAUUGUCCGAUGGUGAAUGUCUAAUAACUUUACUGUACUGAAGGCCCUUUUAGUUUCUCUCUACUUUGCUUUUGGUAAACUAUAAUUACAUUGUGGGUUGGAUGAUAACAAAAAUACGAUGAAGCUCAUUGCAUUUGAGCAAGAAGGAUUAAUUUUCCAAAGCUUUCACAUUUAUAUUA